GGAGCUGACAAUCACUGUCUUCUAUCCAAGAAAACUCAGAAUCAUCUAGAAGUCAUUUUGCUCAUUUGGACCCCAAGCCAGGGCCACAACAUGGAGUCCCAGAUCCCAGCGCUCCCACAGUCCUACUCUCCAGGGACUGAUAGUGUCUUUUCUGACCAGUCUGGCUUUUACUCUCUGGAUGCCAAUGUGCCUGGACUCUCUAAGGUGAUUCUCAGCAAGCUCAACAUGAGGGAUUAUGGAGAAUACAGGGCUGCCGUUGAAGGGAAGUCUAAAGGAAUCUCAUUUCACAACUUCAAGGAGAUGUUCCAGAAGAUGGAGGAGACCUUUAAGUUCUGCACCGGCUGCAGCAAACUGCCAGAACAUCUUACUGAGGGACAGACCCUGAAACGCUGUGCCAAGUGCUUGAAUGUAUACUACUGCACCAAGGAGUGCCAGCAAAAAGACUGGCCUCAGCAUAAAAAGGUCUGCAAGAUUCUGCGUCUGGUGGCCAUUGACAGACUAGUUGAGUGGCUCAUGUUCACUGGAAACCUGCCAUUCCCCACAGGGAAGUGGUCCAAGACAGCCACUGAGGUGAAGAGCUGGGAUGACUGGCUCCCCAUGCAGAGGGACCUCACAGCAUGCCUGGAUGCCAUAUUAUCUGGUGGCAACAUGGCAAUCCUGUGGAAGAAUGUCAGCAGGCCACGGCCAGAUGACACUGACCUGCGACAGUCUUUAUGGCGGAUUCAGAGCGAGUUCCUCUCUCGAGUUCUCACAGUUGGGAUGGCCAUGCAACACUUUGGCCUGGAUCCAUAUGCUAAACCUCUCACUAUCCACUUAGCAGGGGCAUCCCACAGUGAGACCAUGGGAGCCAGACUGACUGACUAUGAUGAGCUGAACAGCAUGUUCCCUGGACACCAGGGCAUAGAAGUAGUCAUGGUGGGACCAGAAGUGGUGGAUGGGCCCAUCGUGAGAACUCCUCUUACAGCAUUUGGACCCAAGCAGAAGGUCUACAUCAGUGCCUACAAGGGUCUCUAUCAUCAGUUCUGGGAGGAUGUAGUGGAGAAAGAGGAAGCGGCAAAGCCAGAUCUGGUGGUUGGAUUUCAUCCUGGGUUCCAUGCUAACCAGGGUCUGGUAGAAGGCUGGUUGCCGACCCUUCUGCUGCUCAGAGACUAUAACAUCCCUUCCUUCUUCACCAUGUACAGUGAGAUGGAGCUUAAGUACUCACUGCAGAUUCUGCUGGAGCUGGAGAUGCACAUCAGGGACAGUGGAUCCAACCCAUUCUCCUCACAAAAACCAGAGCAGGUCCAGGCUUGUCCCAACAAAACCCCAGUCUACUGCAACUCUCACUAUGUCUGUUUCCAGGGACUGCUGCCUCGAGAAAACUUUGAGGAGCCAGGUCCAGACAGUUAAGAGUCUCACAUGUCCUGCUCUUUAAAAAUUGGGUUUUCAAAAUAGAAAUUUGGGAAUUCCUGGGGUCCCUGAAGGGCUUCCUGCAGCCUUUAUGGCAUUUGUUUCGCUGUGUAGCCACUUAGCAAAGGUGGAUGCCAAAGCUUACAUACCCUGUUGAGAGCAUUUUUCACUGCGAAAGACACACAUUCACUGUGGCAUACUGUACAAGGCAAUACAAAACACAACAUAUGCUAGAGGCUUACAUACAGUAUUACCAAGAGCGAAGUAAUUACCUGAUCUGACACAGUCUCAAAAAGCCAAUAAUGCAGUGGGUCAGUCAGACUCAUGAACACUGGAUGAAAAACAAAAAGAUGAACACCACCUGUGGUGAUGAAGAAAACUUAUGGGAUAGCAUUAUAUUACCAGGAGUUGACAAAU